GAUGAGAGCCGGUGAUGUCAGAGUCAUUAGCAUAUUUCUGACUAUAUCUGAUGCUUGCGCAAAGACGCGCCACUACUGCUGCACCGCACUGACCAGAGACCUUCCAGCCAUCAGCCAACUCUCCGACUCUCUGCAACAAUGAGUGACAACAAGCCCGACAUUUCAGAGGUGACCAGCUUCGACAAGACCAAGCUGAAGAAGACAGAGACGCAGGAGAAGAAUCCCCUGCCUUCAAAAGAAACCAUUGAACAGGAGAAGGCAGCGGCGACGUCGUGAAGCCUCUCCCUCCCGUCAUGCACUGUACACCCCCCUCCUCCCGCAUUGCCUUGUUUUCAGUCACUUCUUUUAGCUGUAUAACUUUGUAACCGAAAUUAUGAAACGACAAACAUAACCAAGCUGCACCGCCUGUGGACGGAUGAUGCCUUCGUCAGGGCAGUCGGCCCCCGUCCCCUCAGCGAACACCACCUUCACCACCUUCAUGCUCGUCUUUCUGUCGGGGGAGAUGAGGAAGAUUUGUCUGAGGCGGAGGGGGAAUGGGGAGUGGGACUGCAGAAGACAGUCCCAAAGGUGCACGUCUCUCCCUCGACACCACCUUAACCAUCAACAUUGACGUGCAACAGAGAGGCCCGAGGGACGGGGCGUGGCCUGUGUCCCAGGAAGCUCAUCAUCGUCUCCCCAAAACCACCAACACCCAACUUCCUGUGUGGCUGCUUUUGCGCCAAAGCUGAGGCGUCAAGCUUUUUUUUUUUUUGUUUUUAUUGUUUCUCGUCUUCUAAUUUUCGGAAAUGCACAACUUUGUUUGUACGCUGGCCAAAAUGUAAAUGCCCCAAAAAUUGAUACUGUUGUCUGUCACAAUGUUUUUUCUUUUGUAUGUACACGAGGAUAAAAAAAAAAAAAAAAGGGUAACGGAUUCCAUCUAGAUCUGGGAGAUGCCCAAA